AUCCAGCGCCCACUAUACCCCCAUCGUACUAAAUGCAUGUGUAGGGUAAACCGUGAAUUACACUUAAAUGUAAAUGAGGCUUCGCCUCGUAUCUGUGCAGGCAUAUACCCGAAUGUCUGUGAAACGGCUUCAUUUUACGCUUUAGGGUAAUCAGCAAUAGGGGUGAUAAAACGCACGAUGUGAUUUUAUUCUAAGUUUGAUUAAAGCCACGUCCCCCUCCCCCCAUGUGUCCUGGCUACACUGCAGCAGCCGAUGGAGGGGAGAAGUGUGAUGAGUGACUGGAGAGCAGUUGCAGAAAGCGAUGAUGUCAUAGCCUAAAUGUGUGCCAUGGGAGAGCCUCCGGUGAGUACCUGCUGCCGGGAGGAAGCGCCGCUUUGUUAUGAGCUGGAGGAAGAGGAGGUCGCCCAGCCCAGGCUCCGAUCGCCGGUUCCCGGGGACAGAGAGAGAAAGGAGGAGGAGAGAAAGGGGGGAGGAGGAGGAAGAGGAGGAGGAGGAAGAAGACGGUGCGGCUUAGAUAACGGGAGGGCUGCUGUAAUGGCCGCGAAGUCGGACGGGGUGCUGAAGAUGAGAAGGGGCGAUGUGGCGUUCACGCCCCUCCAGGACUGCGAUCAGUCGCAGGGGAUGGUCCCGGGCUCGCAGCCGGGCUCCGGAGCACCAGAGGGCGACUUGGUGAGCGGGGAGCCGCGCUGCUGCGGAUCGUCCUCGGCGUGCCUGCGCUUGGGGAGGCAGCAGCGGGACUACUCGGUGUGGGACUGCCUAUGGAUCCUGGCCGCCGCCGCUGUGUAUCUGGCCGACGUGGGCACCGACGUGUGGCUGUCGGUGGACUAUUACUUCCGCCGUGAUUACUGGUGGUUCGGGCUCACGCUCUUCUUCGCGGUGCUCGGUUCCUUCUCGGUCCAACUCUUCAGUUUCCGAUGGUUCGUGCACGACUUCGGCUCGGACGGCAGCGCCGGUGCCGCCGCCGAUCGCCCUCACACGGACGGUAAGGUGCUGAGCGCCUCCGCCUCGCACGGAGACAUGGGCUCCCACCCAUCCGCACCUCAGGCGUCCAGCACCACCGCGAGCAUCAGCGACCAUGCGGCCAACAAGAAGAGGUCCUGCUCCUUCUGCAUCUGGCUUCUGCAGUCCAUCAUCCACAUCCUGCAGCUGGGUCAGAUCUGGAGGUACUUCCGCACCAUCUACCUGGGAGUGAGGAGUCGCCGGAGCAGGGUGAACGACCGCUGGCGCUUCUACUGGCGAAUGGUGUAUGAAUAUGCCGACAUCAGCAUGCUGCACCUGCUGGCCACCUUCCUGGAGAGCGCCCCCCAACUGGUCCUCCAGCUCUGCAUCAUCAUCCAGACGCACAAGCUGCAGGCCCUGCAGGGUCUGACAGCGGCCGCCUCCCUCGUCUCCCUGGCCUGGGCGCUGGCCUCCUACCAGAAGGCGCUGAGAGAGUCUCGCGAUGACAAGAAGCCGGUCAGCUACCUGGCGGUGGUGAUCACCUUCUGCUGGCACUUCUUCACGGUGGCGGCCCGCGUGGUCACCUUCGCCCUCUUCGCCUCCGUGUUCCAGCUCUACUUCGGCGUCUUCAUCGUGCUGCACUGGUGCGUCAUGACCUUCUGGAUCGUCCACUGCGAGACCGAGUUCUGCGUGACGAAAUGGGAGGAGAUCGUCUUCGACAUGGUUGUUGGCGUCGUCUACAUCUUCAGCUGGUUCAACGUCAAGGAGGGCCGCACGCGCUACCGGCUCUUCGUCUACUACCUGGUGGUGCUGCUGGAGAACGCCGCGCUGAGCACUCUCUGGUACCUCUACCGACUGCCCUCCACCACUGACGCCUUUGCCAUUCCUGCCCUUUGUGUCAUCUUCAGCAGCUUCCUCACCGGCGUGCUCUUCAUGCUCAUGUACUACGCCUUCUUCCACCCUAAUGGCCCACGAUUCGGCCGUUCGCCAAGCUCCGCCCUCGAGGACCCGGUCGGGGGCGGGGCUGCCACUUCGCCACCGCCACCUGAGGGGGCCACUAACUCCCUGAGGGCAGGGCAGAUGCGGGGGGGGUCCUCAAUGGACAUCAAGUACACCGAGAGGGACGGCUGUACGCCGGUGUUCCAGGUGAGACCGCUGGCCACGCCCACGCCGUCCUCCCGCCCCCCAAGGAUAGAGGAGAGCGUGAUAAAGAUAGACCUCUUCCGGAACCGCUACCCGGCCUGGGAGAGGCACGUGCUGGACAGGAGUAUACGCAAGGCCAUACUGGGUUUCGAAUGCUCCCCGGCGCCCCCUAGGCUGCAGUACAAGGAUGAUGCCCUGGUGCAAGAGCGGCUGGAAUAUGAGACCACGCUGUAGUCGCCAGAAGGCUUUGGGAAAACAAAUCAAAAGCAGAUGAUCAACCUGGGUUAACAGCCGGACUGUGGCAAUAACUAGCUGUCCCUGAAGGGAGCUUCUCACCUGCACCGCUUGAGGUGUUGAUUGUCAGACCACAAUUCAUUUCUGAGUUAGCAGUGUUGAUGGAGCAAUAUCUUGGUCCUGGGAGACAGAUACCAGGUCCCUUAACGGGCGGCCCCAUAAAUGCCUGCGCUCUAAAUUAACAUAAGCUAAUAUUUGGCAUAUUAAACAAUUAAAAGACAUUGGAAUUCAACAUAAAAGCUAUUUUCCCAAAAGAAAAUCCUCCCAGAAGUGAGUAAAAACUAUUAAAUAUACAGGUACGAUUAAAAAUCAGAUAUUAGGAUCGUAUUUAUACAAACAGGGGACCAAAUGUAGACUUUCGUUAGGCAUUUUAAUGAACUUCUGAUGGAAAGUGGUCCACGGCGACCAUGCUUUCCAGAGCCAACUUGGAUGCCGCAGGAGCAGCACCCAACCGUGCCAAAAAGUCAAGCUUUCAUUGUACAGGCUCUCGGUAAUCGCUUAGUGUGUCACACAGGGUAAAACCCCAGCUUAAAGCCCCCAGUCAUGGUGGCGGAGAGGGCAAAGUGACGGUCAGCUUCAUAGGUGGGUUGGAGAUAGAGUGUCGCUAGUCCCCAAGGUGUCCCCAAACUCCCACAGCUCCCACGAUCGGUGACUUGGUGGUUGACUCAUAGUCAGGGGCGAAACAAAAAUAUGAUGAUAUAACUUAUGCAUCUAAAGCACUUAACCUGUACUUUGCUGCUCUUCUUUACGCAAGACCAAGUAAGGGCUUAGAACCAGCAAUGUCAGUGAAGCAGCUGAAUCACGCGGCGAGCGUGGCGGGGUGGACGGGAAGACGGGGGGGGUGCCGGGCGGGAUGCAGUCACCGGGUUAGGGUAGCGCACUUUUAAAUCCCAGGGAGUGUCCAUCUGGCGCCACCCCCCUUCCCGACCUGACAGGAGGCAGGCAGAACAGCGAUCGCUGACACCCCUGCAUCCUUAUGCCUGUACUUUUCAGGGCAGAUGGUAAUUUACUCCAAGAAAAACACCCGUAGAUUGUUUGGCCAAAAGUUCUUCUUCUGAAAGAAUAUGGAUUGUAAAGCAAAGUAGGGCUAUGCUUUUAAUGAGAGAUCGUUUAUUUGAGAACGACAGGUCAUUUCCUUUAGUUUCUCUCCUUGUCUAAAUUGCAUGCAACAAAGACCCAGACUAGAAUUGUUUCCAAUCAUUUCCUGUCUUGAAAUGGAUCAGGGUCCGGACUCCAUUAGUAACGGGGUGUCAUUUUCUUUCAAUCAUUGUUAUUGUCCUUUAUAAAUCUGGGUCAAGGCAGCAUCACUCAUUCCAGUGACUGACUGAACUCUGGUCUCUGUUCCGAUUCUCAUGUUAGAAAUCAACAACUGAAUUUGUGCUCUUCCAUAGGCGUCCUGUGUGAUAUCUACCAUCAGCAGGGGCUCAUUCAGAAACCAAGUCCAUUAUGAAAAGGCAAUAUAUUAAGAAAUAUAAAAUCCUGAAGUGGGAAACUACCUGCACAAAUUUAUUUGAGCACAAAUUUAAAGCAUUUAUUUGGAAAUAGAUUUAUUAUUUAUUAAUAACAAUUAAUAAUUAUUGCUACUUUCUGAUUUUACACAUAUGUAUACAUUAUACUGUG